GCCAAUCAAGAAGGAGAAUCACGCUGGUGUCUGCCUGGAGUGUGGUUGUUGGGCCCACUUCCUGACAAAACUGGAGCCGCAUAUAUUAACGACUGAGGCUGUUUUGUUCAACAAGACAGCGACGCAGGUAGCUCGUGUGGAGCAGGGACGGGGAGCGUCAGCCAUGGAGCGUGUCAUGGGAGGAGGAAUGCUACCCCUGGUUUUAGCAAGUGUAGGGGUCUUGGUUUUAUACCGGAUACUUGUUCGCCGCAGACCAGGAGCCGCUCUGCAGGAUGCAGUGGUGGUCAUCACAGGGGCCAGCUCUGGACUGGGGAAAGAGUGUGCACGGGUCUUCCACGCUGCAGGUGCACGGCUUGUGCUGUGUGGAAGAGAUGCAGCCCGUCUGCAGCAGGUCGUCCAGGAGCUUAAAGCAAAUUCAACAGGCACACAGCACCAGACUUACACUCCCAGCACUGUUAUCUUUGACCUGGCUGACACAUCCACAGUGCACAGAGCUGCAGAGGAGAUCCUGAAAUGUUACGGACAGGUGGAUGUCCUCAUCAAUAAUGCUGGAAUCAGUUACCGUGGCAACAUACUGGAUACCCACCUUUCAGUUCAACGGGAUGUUAUGGAAACAAAUUACUUUGGGCCCAUUGCUCUUACUCAAGCUCUCCUGCCCUCCAUGGUUCGCCGGCGUAGUGGCCACAUUGUUGUCAUUAGCAGCGUCCAGGGCAAGAUAGCCAUUCCUUACAGAUCAGCUUACGCAGCCUCCAAGCAUGCAACCCAAGCCUACUUUGACUGCUUACGGGCAGAGAUCGAACACUAUGGGAUUCCAGUGACUGUGAUUAGCCCUGGGUAUAUUCGAACCAACCUGUCACUCAACGCAGUCACAGGAGAUGGCUCCAAGCAUGGAGUUGUGGAUAAAACCACAGCUAUGGGUUCUGACCCCAGGGAUGUGGCUCAGGCGGUUCUGAAGGCUGUCCGUCACAGAAGCAAAGAUGUUGUUUUGGCAGGACCGCUGCCCUCCCUGGCCAUCUACCUCCGCACCUUGUGGCCCGCACUCUUCUUCAAACUCAUGGCAUCUCGCGCUCGUAAGGAGCGGAAACUGAAAGAUGAGUGAGUGCUGAUGCAGCUUCAGGUGAGGACCACAUGACUGGAGGCAAAUGGACCCAAACAUGAAACUGGCUGGAGGCCAAACAGACAUGAGAAGUAAAUAGGUGCAACUCAUCAGUAACACAGUUUGCAGUUUUAUUAACAGAUUCUAACAGGACCUGUUUAUUGUUCCAACACCUGUGUUGAACAGCCUAGUUAAAUUUGUCCCCAGAAUCACUGUUUAAAAGUGGUCAUGUAAUUUACAAGACUUAAAGCUCCGUGGUGAAGAGGUUAUGAUCAUGUGAUACUGUUUUUCAACCCGACUCCUUGACAUACAGUGGUGUGAAAAAGUAUUUGCCCCCUUACUGAUUUCUUAUCUUUUUGCAUGUU